AUAAAGAAUUUUUCGCAUUACAGAACUAAAUUGCUGGCAUUUUAUCUCCAUGUGUGGAAUGCGGUCAAAUUAUAUGGCAGAAAAUCAAACGACAGUUGGGAAACUACGUAACACAGGAAAACAUUCCGAGUUUACGUGAUAAACAUUUGGAACUUAAGCAGCUCCCUGUGGCGGAACCCUGUGUGUGGUGAUAAAAGAAACAACGAAAAAGGCACUGAUUAUAGCAGAACUUCAGACCGUGGUAUCCUUUUUAUGUUACACACAAUAAUCGCACACUAGGCUAUUGUUGUAACACAAAUUUAAAUGGCUUCAUCAAAUACUCAAAACUGUACAGAAAGCGAAGAUAAUUCGAAAGACGACCAAAAACGUUCGCCCAUUAAGAAACAAAAGGUCGAUCACGAUCUCUUUAAACAAACUGAGAUACCUUGUUUCGAGGAAAAGGAAGAAAGGUGUUCGGGAACCCGAUCCGUGUACUUUUCCUGUUUCAAUCCAGUCUGGCCAAUUCUAGCCUGUGGAUUAAGCGGCGGAACUACUCUAAUUAUAGAAGGAGAAAAGAAAACAGACUUAGUGGCCACGUGGGAAAAUAAAAGGUGGUUCAACAUAAAUGCAACUUCAGCUACGACAGAUCUUGGAUGGAAUAUGAACGGCACUCUGUUACUGACCGCAUUUUUAGAUGGAAAACUUGUACUAUGGAACAAGGACACUGAAAAUUUAAUGGAAGUAAACGAUACCAGUGGUGAACAAGUAUGGGCCAUCAUUUGGAAUCCCUUCCUGCCGUAUAUGUUCGCUACUCGCAACAAUAAUACUGUUUUAGUCUGGGAUAAUGCAAAGGAUCAACCCAGACUUCUCGAAAAAAAAUUUGCGCUUCAUACCAGUACAAUAAUGGACUUUGUGUGGAUUUCAGUUGAUCAGUUUGUUUCGUGCUCCGAUGACGGGAUAAUCUUGCUAUGCCAUAUUGAAAAAGAUUCCCCAUUAAAAUCAUUCAGUCACGAGGAAGCUAUUUUAACUCUGUCUUGGAACAAUAUUUCAAAUCUCUUGGGAUGUUUAUCACGCGAUGGAACCUUAACGGUGUUGUCGAUGACGAAAAACGAGCCUGAUUUUGUUUCCAAAAAUGAAAGAAUGAAAAGACCCACAUGUAUCGCCUGGUAUCCUACUCACAGCUCACAAAUAACUGAAUCCAAUAGCACGUUAAUAGCCUGUGGUAUGGAAAAUGGAUCUGUAGUUUUUUGGGAUAUCCGUGGAAAAGGCGACCCAGUCCGAUAUCUUCUUGAACAAACAAAUUCAAUCUGGGAUGUUUCAUUUUCUCCUGACGGCAGGUUUCUAACUUCAAUUGACUUACAAGGGGAACUAGUUAUCUGGUCGACAGAGACUUGGGAAAUUAUUUUCAAGUCAAAGCUCUCCUUCCGUGCAUCAAAAGGAAUCUUGCAAUGGGGAGGUGAUGGACAUAAAUUGGCUAUUGCAAAUUCAAGCGAACAGAUUCAUAUUCUUGAAGCAGUUGAAGCUAGAGAAAAACACUAGAUUUCUAAAAGAACUUCAAUAAUAAAUUAAUGAUUUCUUCUAAUGUCAACAUGUCUUGAAUUCAAGCAUGAAAGAGUUGCGUGCUACCGCGUUCAGUUUUCACCCAUCGAGAAGGACAAAUACACAGUGUCUACAUAAA